UUGCAUUGCCAUUGCCAUUUUGGUUAUCUCUAUGACAGUUGCCAAAUGGUUUUAUGGACCCAAGUACAAAGAUCCUGUUCAUUCAGUAACAGUACUUGUGGGUGGCAAUGUCGUUCUGCCAUGUCACAAUUCAACUUUGGGCAGUGGUGUUGACAAUGAUUUGAGAUGGUACAGAUACAGGAAUACUAUUGAAUCUCAUAUAGUGACCUAUAGAAAAAAGACACACACAUUGGUGGUGUGGAGUGAUGAACACCGUGAUCGGGUUCAUCUUUCUUCCAAAGAUUUAAAUAAAGGCAACAUGUCUCUGCAGCUGAGUAAAGUCAAAUUCUCUGAUGAAGGAGUUUACCAGUGGCGUACUGAUAAGGAUAAUAUUCACUGUGCAGAUGUCCAGCUUAAUGUAACAGUGGGACUAAAAGCACCUGACACUUGUAAUGCCAUCUUUAAUUCACAUGUCAUAAUCCCAUGCCACCUUGAACCCACUAUAAGUGCUGUAGAUUUGGAGGUGAGAUGGCAGAAAGAAGGUCUUACUGCUCCGGUGCUUCUGUACAAGAAUAAAGCAGUAUUGACAGAGGAGCAACACAAAGAUUACAAAGAAAGAGCCCAGCUUCGUUCAGAUUUGAAAAUGGGAAAUGUGUCUCUUUUUUUGAAAAGCAUCAGAGUAACAGAUGAGGGCAGAUACACCUGUUUGGUAAAGACACUCAAUACAAAGACGACAGUAAGUCUACAUCUCACAGUUUCUGGCAGCAAACCAGUAAUCUCCAUAUAUAAGAAGUACAAGCUGAUGUGUGAAUCAGAAGGCUGGUACCCAAGACCACAACUGCAUUGGACUCAUGAGGAUGGCUCUGUUAUAACAGGGCAUUCAGAGGUCUCGUAUAAAAUGGCAAAAGAUAGAAGCAUCACUGUAACAAGUUAUCUUUCAAUAGAAGAUCUGUAUGAAAAGAAAAUAUUUUGCAUUGUUCAAAAAAGAGAUAGUGAGGAAAGAGCUGUGUCCAUGUUUCAUGUACCAGACCCUAUUAUUGUUCCCAGUGAUCCAAUAACGGUACUGGAAGGUGAAAAUGUCAUUUUGCCAUGUCACCUCUCAGAUGAAGUCAGUGUUGUUGAACUGGAGAUCAGAUGGUACAGAGUCAGAAAUAAGAAAGAGUCUCUUGUACUGAGCUAUGCAAGCAAGAACACCAAACAGGAGAUGCAAAGUGAAGAAUACAGUGGUCGAAUUAAUUUCUUUAUCCAAGAGACUGAAAAAGGCAAUAUAUCUUUGCAAUUGAGGGAUGUUAAGUUUUCUGAUGAAGGAGAAUAUAAAUGCUGUCUUAUUUCAGAUCAUCUUCAUUGUAAUAACAUAGAGCUUCUGGUUCCAGUUGGUCUGAAAAUACCUGAAAAUAUUAAUGCCAUCUUGGGUACAAGUAUUAUACUCCCUUGCUAUCUUGACCCUAAGGUGAAUGCUGAAGAUUUGGAGCUGAGAUGGCAAAAAGAUGGACUUGCUACUUCAGUGCUUCUUUAUAAGAACAAAAAAGUGGUGACAGAGGAGCAACAUGAGGACUACAGAGAAAGAGUCCAUCUGUAUACGGAUUUAAGAAAAGGAGAUUUGAGUCUGGUGAUGGAAAAUAUCAGUGCUGCAGAUGAAGGCAAAUACACCUGCUCUGUAAAGGCAGUUACCCAAGAAAAUGAAGGACAUUUAUACCUUAGUGUCAGUGUGGGACUAAAAGUACCUGACACUUGUAAUGUCAUCUUUAAUGCACAUGUCAUAAUCCCAUGCCACCUUGAACCCAUGGUAAGUGCUGUUGAUUUGGAGGUGAGAUGGCAGAAAGAAGGUCUUACUGCUCCGGUGCUUCUGUACAAGAAUAAAGCAGUAUUGACAGAGGAGCAACACAAAGAUUAUAAAGAAAGAGCCCAGCUUCAUUCAGAUUUGACAACAGGAAAUGUGUCUCUUUUUUUGAAAAGUGUCAGAAUAAUGGAUGAGGGCAGAUAUACCUGUUUGGUAAAGACACUCAAUACAAAGACGACAGCAAGUCUACGUCUCACAGUUUCUGCUGAAGGCAUUCAUCCAGUAAUCGCCAUAUAUAAGAAGUACAAGUUGAUGUGUGAAUCAGAAGGCUGGUACCCAAGACCACAACUGCAUUGGACUCAUGAGGAUGGCUCUGUUAUAACAGGGCAUUCAGAGGUCUCGUAUAAAGUGGCAAAAGAUAAAACCAUCACUGUAACAAGUUAUCUUUCAAUAGAAGAUCUCUAUGAAAAGAAUAUUUUUUGCAUUGUUCAAAAAAGAGAUAGUGAGGAAAGAGCUGUGUCCAUGUUUCAUGUACCAGACCCUAUUAUUGUUCCCAGUGCUCCGAUAACGGUACUGGCAGGUGAAAAUGUCAUUUUGCCAUGUCACCUCUCAGAUGAAGUCAGUGUUUUUGAGAUGGAAAUCAGAUGGUACAGAGUCAGAAAUAAGAAAGCCUCUGUUGUACUGAGCUAUGCAAACAAAAAAGUCAUACAGGAGAUGGAAAGUGAAGAAUACAGUGGUCGAGUUAAUUUUUUUAUCCAAGAGACUGAAAAAAGCACUAUAUCUUUUCAAUUGAGGGAUGUUAAGUUUUCUGAUGAAGGAGAAUAUAAAUGCUGUCUUAUUUCAGAUCAUCUUCAUUGUAACAAUGUAGAGCUGCUGGUUCCAGUUGGUCUGAAAAUACCUGAAAACAUUAAUGCCAACUUGGGUACAAGUAUUAUACUCCCUUGCUAUCUUGACCCUAAGGUGAAUGCUGAAGAUUUGGAGCUGAGAUGGCAAAAAGAUGGACUUGCUACUUCAGUGCUUCUUUAUAAGAACAAAAAAGUGGUGACAGAGGAGCAACAUGAGGACUACAGAGAAAGAGUCCAUCUGUAUACAGAUUUAAGAAAAGGAGAUUUGAGUCUGGUAAUUGAAGAUGUCAGAAUUACAGAUGAAGGCAAAUACACCUGCUCUGUAAAGGCAGUUACUCAAGAAAAUGAAGGAAGUUUAUACCUUAGUGUCAGUGUGGGGUUGAAAAUACCUAAAAAUAUUAAUGCCAUCUUGGGUACAAGUAUUAUACUCCCUUGCUAUGUUGACCCAAUGGUGAAUGCUAAAGAUUUGGAGCUGAGAUGGCAAAAAGAUGGACUUGUUACUUCAGUUCUUCUUUAUAAGAACAGAAAAGUGGUGACAGAGGAGCAACAUGAGGACUACAGGGAAAGAGUCCAUCUGUAUACAGAUUUAAGAAAAGGAGAUUUGAGUCUGGUAAUUGAAGAUGUCAGAAUUUCAGAUGAAGGCAAAUACACCUGCUCUGUAAAGGCAGUUACUCAAGAAAAUGAAGGAAGUUUAUACCUUAGUGUUAGUGUGAGAUUGAAAAAUCUACCAGACAUUAAUUCAACCAUGGGUCAAAAUACAAUACUCCCUUGCUACCAUGAACCAAUAGUCAGCGCUUUAGAUUUGGAGGUGAGAUGGUACAAAGAAGGACUUGAAACUCCAGUAGUGCUGUACAAAAAUAAAAGAGAGGAGCAACAUGAGCAGUACAGGGGACGAGCCCAACUGCAUGGAGAUCUGUCAAAGGGAGAUUUGUCUCUGAUGUUGAAAGGUGUCAGGGAUGUGGAUGGAGGAAGAUAUACCUGCUCUGUGAGGACACUCAGCCAUAUGGAUGAAACAAGUCUGUACCUGAGCAUCACAGAGCGAAGACAUUUUGGUUUUACAAUCAUUUUCGUGGCCCUUUCCAUUUUGGUGGCCUUCUUCAUUUUGGAGGCCUUCUACAUUUUGGUGGUCUUCUUCAUUUCAGUGCUUUCUCCAUUUUGGUGGCCUUCUCCAUUUUGGUGGCCUUAGCCUGUGUGAUUUUUCCACUGUUGUUGCACACAAAAGAUUCAGCAAAACCUGUGACCAAUAGAUGAAAAAUACAAGCUAUUUUUUCUAUACAAGCUGCAAGAAAUAGCUUAAUAGCAAGUUUGGGCAGAGAAAUUAAAAAAUAAUCUAAUCAAAGGGUGGUGAAUGUUUGAUAAUCAAUCAUAAAUUAAUGAACAGCAGUUAUUGGAAUUAUUUUCUUGCAUACUAAUUAGUGCAAGUGUAAGGGUAUAACAUCCUGUAUAAUGAAAAUGUUUAAAUGAUAAUAAAAAUGGAAAAAUACAAAAAGUUAAAUGAUGCCAUAUCAAACUAGACUAAUUUCUUUCUCUAGUCUUCAUGUCAAAUACAGUGAAGAAGGUUACAUAUUUUGAUGUAUGUCAAAUGAUUAUUAUUAUCACUUCAGUAAUUACAAAAUGUAUUAGAACUGAAUACAUGUAUUGAUUUGUAUCUGUUAGUGGUUAAUUUUAUGAAGAUUUGUUGUUAUAUCAAUGCAUUAAGGUUAAUGCUCAGUGAUAAUUCACAUAGCUAAAUGGAUUGUUCAGUUAUACAUUAGAACCAUUAAUCUAUAUAAACUGUGCUGUUGUAAUAUCUUAAAGACAUUUAAAAGAUUUAUCUCUUGAUAAGAUAAACUACAGUUUGUUAUAUGGUAUAGAUGUUAUAAGAUUUUUGUUCUAUGAAAACACUCAAGUUCAGAUAUGUCACAUCUUGUUAUAAUUUAAGACAUCUGUGAUGUACUGUAUAACUGAUGCAAUGUGUUAAUUUUGUUUAGUGUAUUAUCCUACUGAAGAAACAUUUUCAUUAGCCUGGUUUAAAUGUAAUAAUUUGCCGUAUUUAAUUUAUCUCUAACUGUUAUUUAUGAUAUGAGACUGAGAACUGUGGGUCUAGAAUUGUCAUUAAUAGUGCUGCAUUGUAUUAUACAUAUGAUUGAUAAAGAAUUGUUUUAUGUUAUGUAUUUGCUCUACCUUUCACCCUUCUUUAUUUAGCCUAGCAAGUAUUUUAGUUUUGGCCACUCAAUUUAGUGGUUGCCAAGGUCUCUCCAACUCAGUGGUAGAGUUUUAUCAAUGAAGAAAAGGUGGUGUACUACGAAUGAAGAUUUAAAGAGACUGUACUGCACUAAUUUUGAUCUGCUGCACAUACCUGAUAAUAGCUGGUGAAGAAACGACUUGCUUUUUCAGAGUGGAAGAAGUGCAGAAUCAAAGAAAGAUUGUAAGUCCAGCAGAGUAAAUCUGAAGCCAUGAUAUGUGCAGACAUUUUUGCUGCAGAAACAAAGUUUUUAUGGACUCUAACAGAAACAGGCUGUGAACAUUCCACUGAAGUGAGAUGACAGCUGUUGAAGGCUCCCAUGAAUGACUACUGAAUCCAGUGCAAGCCUAGAGGGAAGUGUUCCUCUGCUAAAAAUGGACAGUCACCAUGUGUGCAUCUCAUGAGCUCUCUAAUG